UUCCCACCUCUGAUUCAUCCCAACACACAACAAAACACUGCUAGUUCCCUUUCUGUGGGAUUGCAGGCGCUGCGGCAUCAACGCACCGACCGGGACCGAGUCUGUGUCGAUAGAGAUGAUGCAUGCCGACGUGUAUGGUUUUUUAAAGCCUACGAAAAUGCGUAAAUAGUGUUUAUUUUUAAGAUAAAAGAGGAAGACCCGGAUUGGGAACGUGCGCUGUGGCAUUCUGCUCCUGUUCACCUCGAUUUUAGCAGGGCUAAUGGGGAGAUCGCACAGUCGGACACAAAGCUAGAGAGCUCAAGACCGUCUACUUCCCUUGUGUCAGUGACUCCAUACAGUCGUGUUGGAUGCAGCUUAACAAGCAGAAGAAGAGAAAGAAAGGAUUUCCCUCACUCCAAUGGACUAGAUUGUGUUCGGAAUGAUGAAAAAGUGAACUUGAAUAGUUCCAGAAACUAAAGAAUCCAGUUAAAGAGGACCGAUUUGUAUUGUGGGAGACUUCAGGUGGUAGUAGGCGCCAACAUUUCCCGUGUGGCACCGUUGGUCGAGUAAGAGAACAGGUCCUGUAGGAUGACCAGCCUUUUCCGACGCAGCAGCAGUAAUGGAGGGUCUCGGGGUGGCGAGGGCUCAGCUACAGGUGAGCUCAACAACUCCAGGACCAACCGGCAAGUUCGAAGGCUGGAGUUUAACCAGGCCAUGGAGGACUUUAAAACCAUGUUCCCUGGCAUGGACUAUGAGGUGAUCGAGUGUGUACUGCGCUCUAAUAAUGGGGCUGUGGAUGCCACCAUCGACCAACUCCUGCAGAUGAGCAUUGACGGACAAGGCUCGGAUGACAGUUCGGAUUCAGAUGACAGCAUCCCACCAGAGAUUCUUGAGCGGACCCUCGAGCCAGACAGCUCAGACGAAGAGCCGCCCCCUGUCUACUCGCCACCAACAUAUGACAUGCAUAUAUAUGACAGGAAAUACCCGGAUGCUCCUCCUGUUCCUCCACCCAGAUUUGAGGCCCAACCUCCUCCUGCGCACAGACAAGUGCAAGGUUACAAAAACUGGAACCCACCAUUACUUGGCAAUCUGCCUGAUGACUUCCUGCGAAUCUUGCCCCAACAGUUGGACAGUAUACAAGGCUCUCAGAGUAGCAUUUCCAAACCCUCUUCCUCCUCCUCCUCCUCAGUCCCCCAGAAGAUCCCCACUGUGGCAGCCGCCGCGGGAACAGGGGGCACUUCAGAGCAGGAACGCAAACUGAAGCAAUAUUUGGAGGAUGAGCGUAUUGCACUCUUCCUGCAGAACGAGGAAUUCAUGAAGGAGCUGCAAAGGAACCGAGAGUUCCUCAUUGCAUUGGAAAGAGAUCGACUGAAAUACGAGUCAAAAAAAUCUAAAUCCAGUCAUUCAUCAGCUAGCAUGGAGAACUCCACAGGUGACCACUAUGCUUCCGGAUCAGUAGAGGCCUGUACAGCAGUCUCAGAUGAUGCUCUGUUUAGAGACAAGCUAAAGCACAUGGGGAAAUCAACCAGGAAAAAGCUUUUCGAAAUUGCCAGAGGGUUCUCAGAGAAGACAAAGCGGAGGAAGUCUAAAAGAAGAACGUUGCUACGGCAUCAUUCAUUGGGCACAGCCAACUCCACUGCCAACCUCCUUGACGAUGUGGAAGGCAACCCAUGUGAUGAAGAACAUCAGCUUGGACGAUUGACUGCACAGGAAGAGGAGGAGCCACAUAAGGAACCACUAUCAUGAUCCCUCUGUGCUCUUGGGAAAUUAGGGUUUCCAUGGUGACCUCAGAAUGACCCAUGGCUGAUAGCUCGGUAUCCCAGUGGCUCUGGUGUUUAGCUCAGACUCCAGAGGAACAGCCCACCCCAGACCAGCCGAGGCAGGACUGUAUGAUCAUUUUGUAGCAGCCUUUUGCGAGCCUAAGAUUGUUAUCUACAUUUGAUCACUAUUAUAAUUAUUUUAGCGCAACAGUUUGUUAAUAUUUGGUUUCAUAUGUAACACUCAACGGGUAUAGUACUGAUUCCGGCUAUGUAUUUUUUCUUUUCAUCCAUAAUCAUUUGAAAAUAAAUUCUAUUUAUGUUUGUUUAAAAAUAUAUAUAAUUUACCUGAGGAAUUGUAUUUCACCACAUAUGUUUGAUUUAAUUUGACACCAUUUGAAAAGAGGCAAAUUAUUUGUUUAUAACAGUCCAAAAUUAAUGGUCAGUCAUUUCAGCACAUUAGUAUAUCUCAUUUCUUAUUUUUAAUGGACUUUCAGAGUCUAAUCGGCACAUUAAUUGUCAAAGUACCCAGAUUGUCAUAUUCAUUACUAAAUCAUAAACCUUUCUUUAUCAUUGCUAUUAGGAAAUCAUUAUUCAGGUGUCCAUUUAGUCUGGUGUGAUUUUUCAGGUGCUGAAUAGUCCAGUUCCAUUCUCCUUUUUCAUGCAGUUAAAUUAAAACCAAUAGUUCAUUCAGAUGAGAUGCCCUCCUUUAAGAGAAAGGCAAUGCACACUUUCUAUGUAGUAUAUCCUACAUGCCAAAAUUUGAUUUCAGUUUUACACAAAAAAGAAAGGCAAAUUGAGUUUGCCUGCUUCUCAUGUUUGCACUGCCAUAUCAGUUUUAUGAAAUAUUGAAAUACUUUUUUUUUUGUUUUGUUUUUUUUUGUUUUUA